AUGGGAGUCAUCGCGAUUUGUUACGCUGGGAUUGCCCCUCUAAUUCUCAUCUUUGCAGUAUGCGGAAUGUGUUUCCUGCAAAUGGUGUAUUGGUACAACCUGAUCUACGUGGUUGAUUGCGACUUGAACAGUACAGGGUUAUUUUAUCCGUGGGCAUUGUUGCAUAUUGCGACUGGGCUUUACUUGGCUGGGGCAUGUCUAGCUGGGAUAUUCAUUCUAAACUCUGCCUUUAUUCCAGCCUUCAUCAUGGUCUCGUUCGUCGUCGUCCUGGGUUCCGCGCACUUGGCAUUGAAUCAGGCCAUCAGUCCGCUAUUACAUGAUCUCCCUCAAAACUUGUGGAGUGAGAAAAAAGAUCAAGUAGAUGGACAAGGGGAAGACACAUGUGAAAACCAAACCCGGGCGGCGAGAAUGUUCAAUGACGCAGUAAUAGAGGAAGAGGAGGGGGAACAGGGUGAAACAGAGGAUUUCGUCGAGGUUGGUCACGCAAACAACAAAGGCACGGGGUCUACCAUGCCGUUCUUCUUGUCAAAGUUCAGAAUCAGCAGCACGUUGGCAGAUCAGAACGAGGCAAAGGGAUCGGGCCUGCCGUAUUGUGUGAGAAGAUUUGGCUCCUGGAAUUGGGCACAGCGUCGUGGAGUCCUUUCAUAUUUCGCAAUGCAAUGCUUGUUUCCAGAUUUCAACAUGGAUAUUCUGCCCCUGGGCGAAGUCGCAUCGGAGGGCCCCCACCCUCAUGAGUAUCGGACCGAAGGGUCGAGGAGGACUUAUCUACCGCCAGAACUGUGGCUUCCAAAACCAACAUUAUGGGUUCCGAAAGACGAGGCCGGCAUUAGCCAACAAGAGGUCGCGCAGACGAAAGCAUACACACCCACAUCAGAUAUCGGCGCGACUUUGGACGAGAAUGGGCAAAUCGUGACGAAUUUUGGAGAGGCCCCUAUUGAUGAGGCGAGGCAGGGUCCAUCACGUUGGGAGGCUAUAGAAAGCGCUGCUCCAUCGUUACCAAGCCCAAGUGCCUUGGGUUUAUAA